GUUUUAUUUAAAUAUAAGCUUUUGAGUACAAAACAAAAAACAAGUUAUAUUGGUUGAUAGCAGUUAUUUACAUUACAAACAUAUUUUUUAAUAUAUUAACGUCGUUGAGCUUUUAAAAUAUUCCAAGAAUGAAGUGGUCAUUUCUUAAAUAUUGUGUCCUAUUACUCUUCUUUAUGGAUGCAGUAGUAGAAUCCCAGGUAAAAACAAAACGUGUAAUAAUACCAACUUAUAAGAAGAAUGGUCAUAAUUUUUGGACAUUUUUUGUUGCCCUAAAAAAUUUAGUAGGAGAUCAAUAUGUUGAUACAAGGAAUACAAUAAAUCAAGUUAAUGAUAUAGUAAGGGAUACUUUUUCAGAUACGGCGACAACAACGACACCCAAUCCAUUUGCACCUGUCGAUAAUUCUACAUCAACUACAACAGAAAAAUAUCGGGUUUCAAGAUAUGAAUUUGGACGAAUUUUAGGAAGAAAUUUCCGUGGAUUACAGAAAAUUUUCCAAGAUGAUUUACAGGUGGCGUUAAAUCAAAGUAAUACAAAUAUUGAAGAAUAUAAAAAGGAAUUACAAAAUGCAAUUGGUACACCGGCACCAAAGAAACGUGGCAAAACAAAUGGUAGUCAAAAGAAACGUAGAAAAAUUACAACAUCUGCUCCAGCAUCAAUAAUUCACUUAUAAAAUUUAUUUAAAAAUUUAUUCUGAAAUUUAAUAAUUUUUUUAAGGUGAUAAAAUAUUUUACAAAUAAAGUAUACGUGUAUUUUAGUCACAAAGAAUAGUCGAAAACAAAAAAAAUUAUUUAUGAGUGUUUAUGUAAUUGUAAUGUAUAAUAAUAAAUUCAGCAAAUUUUCGAAAAUAUUUUAAAAUUAUUUAAAAAAUUUUUUAUUGUAAGAAUUGAAAAAUAAUUUAAAUG